UUCUCAUAAGCGGGGAUUGUGGACAGUAAGGUCAUGUUUUAGCUAUUUAUUUGAAGGAAAACAUGGCGUUCUUAUCGUCACAGCUUCCAAAGUUAUUUCGGCCGUCUCCCUUUUCGAUCUUCCAGCAAUCAAGGGCCGUUAGUUAUUUUGUAAGCAGCGAAAUCCGCAAAGAAUACGGUAAACAAAGCUGUCAGUGGCGAUGUAUUUGGCGGGGAAAUUCAAGCUAUAGAAGGACAUCUCUUAGCCCAUUAGUUACACUGUCUUAUUUUCGUUACAACGUAGGUCAUCGUAACUUCUACACAUAUUCUGCAGAACCAUUUCAUCCUUUGCCAGGGAAAACGCCAGCAUGGAAAUCUGCCGAAGAAGCUGUAGAAGUGAUCGAAUCAGGAAUGAAGGUGUUUGUGCAUGGAGGGGCAGCUACCCCUCUGCCACUCCUUGAUGCAGUGGCUAAGAGAGGAAUAGAAGCUGGCUUAAAGAAUGUUGAAUUGAUUCAUAUCCACACAGAGGGAUCAGGAGAAGUGGUAAAGCCUGAAUAUGAUGGAAUUUUCAGAAGCAACUCCUUAUUUAUUGGAGCAAACUGUCGCAAAGCUGUCAAUGAAGGACGUGCAGACUUUACACCUAUCUUCCUGAGCGAGAUUCCACUGCUUUUCCAACGGAAGAUAAUUGACUUAGAUGUGGCUCUGAUACAAGUAAGCCCACCAGACAAACAUGGAUUUUGUACACUUGGUCCAAGUGUAGAUUGUACAAGAGCUGCCAUUCAGAAUGCUAAAUAUAUUAUAGGACUUGUGAACCCUCGCUGUCCUCGCACUCAUGGACCAGGAGGAAUCCACCAAUCCCAUCUCGAUGUGCUGUGUGUCUCAGAGUUUAAUCUCCCAGAACUGAAGAUCAAUCCUGAGUCUCCAGAGGAAGCCAAAAUUGGUCAGAUAAUUGCUGAUAAUCUUGUGGAGGAUGGUGCCACUCUUCAAAUGGGAAUUGGUUCUAUACCAGAUGCCUGCUUGAGUCGAUUGAUGGAUCAUAAAGAUCUUGGCAUCCAUUCAGAGAUGUUCAGUGAUGGUGUGGUAGCUCUGACUGAGAGGGGAGCCAUCACAAACGCUUUUAAGAAAGUGUUACCUGGUCGAUGUGUGGGAAGUUUUGUGAUCGGAACAGAGAAAGUGUUUGAAUUCAUCGACAAUAACCCUUUUGUAGUGAUGUUGGAUGUUGGAUUUGUUAACUUGGUGUCAGUGAUUGCUCAGAAUCCUAAAGUGACAGCUAUUAACUCGUGUAUUGAGGUGGAUCUCACUGGGCAAAUUGUUUCAGACUCUAUAGGAACACGAAUGUAUUCAGGUGUUGGAGGCCAAAUAGACUUUUUACGCGGAUCAGCGUUAGCGCUUGAUGGAAGUGGUAAACCAAUCCUAGCACUGAAUUCCGUUACCAAGAAAGGAGAGUCAAAGAUUGUUCCUUUCUUGAAAGAAGGUGGAGGCGUUGUGACAACUCGUGCGCAUGUGCAUUACAUUGUGACUGAAUAUGGAAUCGCUUACUUGUUUGGAAAGAAUCUUCGGCAAAGAGCUUAUGAACUGAUUAAGAUCGCUCAUCCCGAUCACAGAGAAUCGUUGGAGAAAGCUGCUUUUGAGAGACUUAAAUGUAUGCCAUCGCCUGAUUAAGGCACGAACUCGGCACGCGAGUCUGGGACCAAGUCCCGUGCUUGACACAUGACUUUGUUUAAACUCUCCGGAAUUUUGGGUAAAUCAAGUAUGCAAUCAGCAGAAAAGACUUUCUGAAUUAAAUUUCUUAUAGGAAAGGUUAUAAUUACAUUGUUUAAUUAUCAGAAUUACCAUUGCUGAAUUAUUACACAGUUACCAUGUCGGUAAUUUGCUUUUGUCGCACACCUAGUUUAAGAACGAGCAACCUUAUAUUGACGAAUCCGAGCGCGCGCAGGAACUGAGAGAUUUUACGACGUAGAACAUUGUACAGGGAAGAGAUGAGUUAUCAAACAACGCUCUCUCAGGAAUAACCUUUCUUUUAUUCUUCGAUGCAUGAACAGCAAAUUUUUUCAAUGAGGAAAUAAUUACUUUCCUCUGCCACUGCACAGUUAUUUUAAAAUGAUACAGUAACUACUGCAAGUCAUAGGCAUGUGUAAACCCAUUAACUCCUUUGAGCGACAAUUUCUCCCAACAACAACGAUGCAACAUCCAGCAGACAAGUGAUGAGAAUAAAGAAAAAUAUCAA